CUGUGCGUUCAUAAUAAUUUCUCCAUCGUAAACGGACAGUGAAGUCCAGUGGAGAGAUUUUCUACGCAUUCCCGCAAUUUGAUUUGAAAAAUUGAAAUUUGUGUUUUGAUAUCGUUCGGAAAAGUUAGAUAGAAUCAAUAUACAUGCUCAUUCAUUUAUAUACACUUUGUACUUUCGAACUAUCGUUGACUAUCUUACCAUAAGAACUGUGAAGCACAAGUUCCAGUAAAAAAUUCUUAUUAAUAAUUCCAAUUAAUUUACCUAAAUUACACUUGAGAUUGUCGCUUUUAUCUCAGACUUUAAUACACUCGUAUACCCAUUCGUUGUCAUCCACGCUAUAUGAUAAUAUAAUCGUCACAUGUACGCAGAACGAAUCAAUUAUAAGUAAGAAGUCCAUGUGGAUGUGAACACAAACAGCCGGACACAGUGAUUGUGUCAACAGCUUCUGUGGUUUGUAUAAAAGCAGGCUCGUCCGCGGUCAUUGGAUAGUGAACUGCUGACGACAGAGAAUGAUCGAGCGAUCGGGACUCCGCGUUAUUAAUAUGAGAGCCCUCUUGAGUUUCUUUAUGCUGAUAGCCGUUGCUGUUGUCGUGAAAAGUGAGGAGAAAUGGUGGUCAGCAAUGUCACUGUAUCAAAUUUAUCCCAGGAGUUUCAAGGAUAGCAAUGGAGAUGGAAUUGGAGACCUGAAAGGCAUUAUUGACAAUUUGGACCACUUAGUGGAAUCGAAAGUCACUGCAAUGUGGAUGUCACCGAUUUACCCUAGCCCUGGGGUAGACAUGGGAUAUGAUAUUUCAAAUUUCAUUGAAAUAGAUCCCUUGUUCGGCACAUUAGAAGAUUUCGACAUUUUAUUGGAGAAGGCUCACAAAACGGGCCUUAAAGUGCUCAUGGAUUUCGUACCGAAUCACAGUUCCGAUCAGCACGAGUGGUUUCAAAAGAGUGUCAAGGAUAUUCCACCUUACAAUAACUACUACGUUUGGGCGAAUGGAACGUUCAAGGCAGGUGGCACUCGUGCUCCACCGAACAACUGGGUAAGUGUAUUUGGAGGUCCAGCCUGGACGUGGAAUGAUCAGAGACAAGCGUACUACCUGCAUCAGUUCACACCGCAACAGCCGGAUCUCAAUUAUCGAUAUGAGAACCUUAGAGAUGAGAUAAAGAAUGUUUUAAGAUUCUGGCUCGACAGAGGUGUGGACGGCUUCCGUAUCGAUGUCAUCAAUCACGUAUUCGAAAUCCAAUCCCUCCAAGACGAACCGUUAUCAGGCAAUACGAACGACCCAAACAACUACGGAUACUUGAAUCACAUUUACACUAAAGAUCAGCCUGAGUGCUAUGAAUUGGUUCGUCAAUGGCGAGAACUACUGGAUGAAUAUAACAAGGACGGUGAACAUGAACGUCUCAUGGUCUUGGAGGCCUAUACAGACAUAAACUUGACGAUGAAAUACUACAAAUUUGGGGCCAGUUUCCCAUUCAACUUCGGGUUCAUCCAGCGCUUGAACGCCGAUUCUUCCCCUGCUGACGUCAAAUUCGUUAUUGACGAGUGGAUGGCAAGGAUGCCCGACGGAAAUACAGCCAAUUGGGUGAUUGGAAAUCACGACCAGAAGAGAGUUGCGUCACGCUAUGGAGUUGAACGAGCCCAAGGAAUUAUCGCAUUACUCCUCCUACUACCUGGAGUGCUAAUAAUGUACAAUGGUGAUGAGAUCGGUAUGCCUAACAAUUAUGUGUCGUGGGAACAGGGAAAAGAUCCUCAGGGAUGUAAUGCUGGGAGAGAAGGGUUUGAGGCAGCCUCACGAGAUCCUUUUCGGACUCCUUUCCUUUGGGAUGGGACGACCUCUGCUGGAUUCUCGACGAAUCCAAACACUUGGCUGCCAGUGAACCCAGAUUACAAAAGUUUGAAUCUGGAAGUACAGAAAGAAGCAGGGGACUCCCAGUUCAAAUUCUACCAGACAGUGGCGGAACUCAGAUCAUGGCCAACAGCUCAGAGUGGGGAUCUCUACACUUAUGUAAUCAGUGAUAACAUCUUUGCUAUCUCCAGAAUACUGGGAGGUCAGCGAUCGAUUUAUCUUGUGUUAAACUUCGGAAACGAAUUGCGAAAUGAGGAUCUCACUAGAAAAAUUGAGAAUAUACCGGGAGAACUCAUCAUUUACCGGGGGAUUGGGAAUUCCGAUCUUCCUUACGGGUCAAUCAUUGACUCAAAGUCGGCGCAGAUUCCGGCGCGUGGAGCUGUCAUCUACGUUACACCGGAAAUGUCUAGAAAAUUUGAAGUGAAAUUAUUGUAGUUUCCCUAAUGACAUUAUUAUUCCCGCUGCAUUAUUCGGAAUGUAUUCGAAUGCAGAAUACAAAUUAAUGAUGAUGAUGAUGAUGAUAA